CACCAUUUUCGAGUUUUUGAUCCACACUUGGAUAAAACUCGACUUCCCGAAAAAGAAGGGCCGCUUUCUUGCGUUCCGCCUGCACAUUUCAACUUGUUGGGAAGCACCUUUUUUCCAGCAUUUGACUUGGAUUUUCAUUUUCUUCAUUUAGCAUUAUAUUUAUUCCCUGAUUUCUUGCACUCAUAUUUUUAUGUUAGAAGUGUCUUGCGAAAGGGAGGAAUAAUUAUACCAGGACGGCAACAUGGCCGAAGCCUACCCACGCUCCGACUCGUCGUCCGGCUCGUCUUCGGACAACGACGAGGACUGGCUCGACAAGCCCGGCGAGGAGGACGAAGACGACCAGGAGCAGGUCUCUGUCGUCUCUCUGUUUGACGACAGAGUCUUUCCCGACGCGCCCUCGAUGCUGGCGUAUUGCAAGGACAAGUUUGGAUUCGACUUCCUCGCCGUCCGGGACUCGCUCGGCCUCGACUUUCACGGAUGCGUGAGGCUCAUCAAUUUCGUGCGCCGGAGCGUCAAGCAAGGGACUGCCCUCCCUCAGAAGAUCACAGCGGACCAUCUGGCCGACGACGGGCUGCUGAUUCCCGUGCUAGCGGACGAUGCGCUAAUCUUUUGCCUCGAUGACCUGCCCGAACCCGGAGUGGGCUCAAGGGGUGCUUCCGGUGCUGGUGAUGCCGGCACCGCGACCAAGGGCAAGCAGGCCGCCCAGGCGGGCGGCGAGGGUCCCGUCGUGGAGGAGCUGCUGCAGAAGAAUGCGCAGCUGCAAGCCGAGCUGGAGCAGCUCGCCAAGCAGUUCAACAGCUACCGGCUGGCCGUUGAGCAAACGCUCGACAAACGCUGGGGGGUGGAUGAGGAGGAGAACGACAAGGCCGAGUCGUCCAAGGCAACACCCGCCCCCGCGGCGGAGGAGAAGCCGGAGAAGGACGAAUCGGCCUAUUACUUUGAGUCUUACGAUCACAACGACAUCCACGAGACCAUGCUCAAGGACGCGGUGCGCACCGACGCCUACCGCGACUUCAUCUACGGCAACAAGCACCUCUUCGCGGGCAAGACGGUGCUGGACAUCGGGUGCGGGACGGGGAUCCUGUCCAUGUUCUGCGCGCGGGCGGGGGCGGCGCGCGUCUUCGCCGUCGACAACAGUGCCAUCCUCGACCGGGCGCGCGAGAACGUGCUGCGCAACGGGCUCGGCGACGUCAUCACGUGCGUGCGCGGCCGCAUCGAGGACGUGGUGCUCCCCGGAGGGGGCGGUCCCGGCGGGGAACCCGUCCAGGUGGACAUCAUCGUGUCCGAGUGGAUGGGCUACUGCCUGCUGUACGAGGCCAUGCUGCCCAGCGUCCUCUUCGCCCGCGACCGGUACCUCAAGCCGGGUGGGCUGCUGGUGCCCAGCCACGCGAGCAUGUGGGUUGCGCCCGUGUCGGACCCGGAGUACGUGGCCGAGAACGUGGACUGGUGGAGGGAGGUGUACGGCUUCGACAUGCGCGCCAUGCAGGCCGGCAUCUACACCGACGCCUGCAUGACCGUCAUGCCGCCCGAAUCGGUCUGCGGCGAGGCGUACCCCUUCCGGAUGCUGGACCUGCACACGGCCAAGGUGGAGGACCUGUCCUUCGAGACCGAGUGGCGGUCGACGCUUUCGGAAAAGGCGGCGGACGGCCUGGACGGAUUUCUCGUGUGGUUCGACUGCUUCUUCGCCGAGAGCCGCGACGAGGUCGUCGACGCGAAGCUCACGGCCAAGGAGUGGGCGGCCCCCGGGCGCGAGCGCGUGGCCUUCACUACCGGCCCCUACGGUACACCGACGCACUGGAGGCAGGGGCUGUACCUGAUCGAUAAGGGCAAGGCCAAGGAGAUCGAGGUUGGUCCGGGGAAGAAGCUGGAGGGCGAGAUCCGCUACUCCAUCCCCAAGGGUCAUGCCCGUGGACUCAACAUCAGGCUGACCUGGGGCCUUGAGGGUGGCGAAAAGCAGGCCCAGACGUGGCUGUUGCAUUAAAACCGUCGUCGUGAUCAUUCGUUGAGAAUGACCAAAGACGACAGUUGGGGGGGGGGGGUUGUUUUGCACCGGGAAAAUAGACAGCAUUGCAGUUGGAUACUUUCAUUGUAAUUCCAAGUUGUUCCCCCCAUCUUCAACGC